GCCGCCGCCGCCGCGCGCGCGGCUCGCAGGCCCUACCGGCCGCAUGGAGCCCCCGGAGGGCGCCAGCCCGGGAGGCUUAGUUAAGGAGGUCGACGUGCCACAGGCUGCUCUCAGCACCCCCGUCCCUGUCACAGGGACCGGUAGCCAGUCUCCCGUGGCUGAGGAGGAGUUCGGCGUCCCAAUACCAGCACCAGGGCUCCUGCAGGUCACGGAAAGGCGGCAGCCGCUGAGCAGCGUCUCCUCCCUGGAGGUGCACUUCGACCUACUGGACCUCACCGAGCUGACCGACAUGUCUGACCAGGAGCUGGCCGAGGUCUUUGCAGACUCGGACGACGAGAAUGUGGCCAGCGACUCGCAUGCAGGCCUACACCCACUGCCCCGAGCCGGCUGUCUGCGCUCACCCUCCUGGACGCGCACCAGGGCAGAGCAGAACCGUGAGAAGCAGCCCUUUGGCGAUCCUGAGCGGCAGCCUGCCAUUGUGGACACGAUUCUUACUGUGGAGAGGCCCAAGGAGGACUAGGCGGGCUGGCCUGGGGCCAAGAUGGGGCAGAUCCGGACAGCCGUGGCCACGUGGACACUGCCCGCCCUCCCCACUGCGGCUCUGGGCUGGGGUCUCAAGGCACUUCAGCAUAAGCAUGGCCCAGUGGCCUUAUAUCAGCUCCUUCCUGGUCCCUGGGUCAGGGACAAGGCCCAGGGAUAAGAUGAGACUUGUCUGCAGGAAUGGUGUUGUCAUCUGUCACCAGAAUCCUGGGUGGGGCCAGGGUGAGUGGGGAUCUGCUGGUGAGAGGGGGUGAACCGCCAUGCCAAACUCCGGCCCAUAGGAGUCUGCUGUCCAGCCAAGGAGUGGAUAGGGGAGUGAGUCCCCAAAAUCACCUGAUUCCCCCCUGCUCCCUGCUGCUGCCCGGGAACACUGUUAGCACCAGACACCCCCAGCAACUUGCUCGUCCUCCUCCCUCCGUCAGCCAGACCCACCUUCCUAAGCGCGGAAUGCCAAGUCCAUCAAGACGGCCUCAGAAGGCAGGGCAGGCAGGGCUUGCCCAGUCUCCACAGCCCACCAGGCACACAAGCGCACACACGUGUAGGUCUGUGUCCCUGGCUAGCGUCCCAGUCUGGGGUGCAGCAGUCAGAGGAAGUGGGGACAUGAGGGCACUUGGGCACAGCCCCUGAACCCCAAUUCAGGGAUGCCAGGCUUGACUGCUCCCAAUGCUGCUUAUGUGCUGAGGACAGGACCAGCUUCCAGUCUGACAGCAAGUCCAGUCUGCUUUCUGUCCCCAAGGCCACCUGUCCUGACCCCUUCUUCACUGAGACAUUUCUGGGGAAGAAAAACAGGCUCCUCUGUGGAAGCCCUGGGCACACCCUGCCAGGAAGGGUCGCCGCUGCACCAGGACUGGGGCGCACUCCUGCACAUGAGGGGCAGCUGCACGGGGGUGAUUUCCAAGAGUCUAAUGGAAAAGGGGCCCCACGAGGGCCGCCGCGCCCCACCCACCCCGGGGUCUUUCCUCCAGCCCCCAUCCUUCCUGCUGCAGCUUCCGUGACCUCGUUUCGAAAACGCGCAAUUAAAACGUCGCCCUGUCCUCAGUCUCGCGGACCACUGUCUUCCUUUCCGACUGACACCGGCGCUCAGGGGCAGGGGCUGCACAGGGGCAGGGGGCUGGCUGCUCGAGAAACCUCCAGCUCUGUGCUCUGGUCCUCCCCCAGCUGAAGCCUCUGGGGGCUCCACUGUGACACACUGGGGGCUAGCAUUUGGCUCUGUCCCCACAAGCCCAGGCUGGAAGAGGCAGCCCCAAAAGGCUCCUCCCAGCCCAGGGCAGGAUCUGGGGAGGCAGCCGGCAGGGAGGGCCAGUCUGUGAGCAGAAGAGUAAGAAGAGAGCAGGCAGUUCCUCCCAAGGGGUGGAGCCUCCCUGAGCAGACACUCAGCCAGGCCUCAGCCCAGAUGCUCAGCCAGAUGAGGGGAGCUGAGCAGACAGCAGCGUGUGAGAGGACAGGGCACACAUGCAGGGCGCUAUCACCAGGGGUGAGCCGCGGACCUGGACAGGGGCAGCAGCCCAGGCUCGGGACAGCAUGGGGCUUUCCUGGGGUGAGGGGAGCAUUACCUACAUCGGAAGGUCCCAGAACAGGCCCCUGCAGGUCCCCAGCAGUUCAGCACAGAGGCUAAGUGGUGGAGGCUGCAAUACAGGGCAAGGCCCAGAGACAAGAAAAUCAACAAUACAUGUUCUACAAAGAGCAAAGCUGAAAGUGUUUGUCCCAAGUUGGAAAUUCUAUUUUUGAGGCAAACAUACCAAAUGAUGUGGAAAAUUUCAUCCCCAAGGUCGUGUGUGGGCCGGGCUGGCAACAGAGGGGCACCCCUUCACCCACUAUCAGCCCAGAAAGCCUGUCCCCCCACCCCCUCAAGGCAGGAACUG